CCUUCGUCCCUGAAUCAAAAACCCUAACUCUCUCCCUCCCUCUCUCUCUCUCUCUCUCUUGAAAGUUGCAGAGAAGUGAAGAGAAGGAAAAAAAAAAAAAGAGAGAAGAAUUAACAGUGAUGAUUGGGUGAGAACAAUAAAGGAACAGUGAUGUACAAAGAGCGAGGUGUCUCUGCCUCCAAAUCGGAGGAUCGAAAGCGAAUCAACGACGUCCUCGACAAGCAGUUGGAACGAUCCUCUCCUUCCACUUCAAGACCCAAAGACAAAGACCCUCGCUCCUCCAAAAACUCCAACCUCUCUGAGGAAUCCGAAACCGACAGUGAAGAGUCUGAUGUUAGUGGUUCGGACGGAGAUGACACGUCGUGGAUCUCAUGGUUCUGCAAUUUGAGAGGAAAUGAAUUCUUUUGCGAGGUUGAUGAUGAUUACAUCCAAGACGAUUUCAAUCUCUGUGGAUUAAGCAGUCAAGUGCCUUAUUAUGAUUAUGCUCUUGAUUUAAUUUUGGAUGUGGAAUCCUCCCAUGGUGACAUGUUUACAGAGGAACAAAAUGAGUUGAUUGAAUCCGCCGCGGAGAUGCUUUAUGGUCUGAUUCACGCACGAUAUGUGUUGACAAGUAAAGGAAUGGCUGCCAUGCUUGACAAGUACAAGAACUAUGAUUUUGGUAGAUGCCCAAGAGUGUACUGCUCUGGACAACCCUGCCUUCCAGUUGGUCAGUCAGACAUUCCUCGGUCAAGUACUGUGAAAAUAUACUGCCCUAGGUGUGAAGAUCUUUACUAUCCUCGGUCCAAGUAUCAAGGCAGUAUCCUUAUAUCUAUUGUUGAAUUUUUCUGUUGCAGAUUUAAGCUGAUGAUGCAACUUUGCAUCACCGUGUCACUGAGAAAUUCUGUUUCUAUUCUCUUGUGCCGCUUAUUUCAUCCCUGCUUUUUAGCUUCAUUUUUCAGCCUAUUGUAUAAGUAGUUUGUUUGUUUGUGGAGAUGUUUUUUUUGCAGUUUGCUUCCCAUUUACAUAUAUAAGCUUGUUUUUGCAAUCUGGAAAUAAAAAAAAGAAAGGAUUGCAUAUGGAUCAUAAACUGCUUCCUAAACAUCAUUGACCAUAUGUAAUAAUAACUGGAAACUCUGAUAACUUCUCUGAAAAUAUUUCCUGUACUUGGAUACGUUGUCAAUGUAGACAAGACUAUACUGGUUCAUAAUGGAAUAACAUAAAGUAAGAUUAGAAGUUUGAAACAAUGAAUGGUUUAAUUUUAACUAGCAUGGUUCAUAAUUUAGAUCUCUUAGAAAUAUCUGAUCUGGAAAGUGUUUGGUGACUGUGUAAUCAAUACUGGAUUUUCUUCUUUGACAAAAACUAUAUAUGCAAUUGUACUUUCAGCUGUUGUAUGCCUCAGGCAUAACUUUAGUUUCUCACAACUUGGAUGAGUAUGUUUAGAGAAAAAGCUGUAUAAGAGUUAACAGUUUUUUGGAGUUGUCAAAUUGUUGGAAGACCACUUUUCUCUUACUCAUUGUAAUUCCUGAUAUGUAUAUGUGAUUUUUGGGAUGACUGAAUGCCACUAUGCUUUUAGCUAUAUAAUUGGUUUCCAUUUUUGGUGGACAACUCCUGUAGUUCCUUGAGUCUUUCUAGACAUUGAUGGAGCUUAUUUUGGAACAACAUUUCCACAUCUCUUCCUGAUGACAUAUGGACAACUGAAGCCACAGAAACCAUCACAGGGCUAUGUUCCAAGAGUUUUUGGAUUCAAAAUUCACAAGUCAUGAAGCUGAAGUUAAAGCUUUCAAGAGUAAGAUCCUGCCCAUGUCUCAUUUAGCUCUUGUAGUACUCCUUGCAACAUCAAGUGGAUCAUAAGCUUUCCAAACCAGUACAAUCUAGACAUCCGUUUUACUUGUUUUAGGAGCGUGUUGUAAAGAAAUAUGCACACAUGUGAAGCAAGUGCUUAGUUUCACUUUCAGCUUCAAAUUCAAGGACCAAGUGCUUAGGUGCUUGACAACACUUUUUAAUGGCUUAUUACAAAUUGUAUUUUUGCAAUUAACUUAAUGUUCUCUGUGCUUAUGUCUCAAAUUACAGACCCCCUGCUAUUUUUAUAUUGUUUCAUUCCAUUACCCCCAUUUCCAUAGCCCUUGAAUUUGUGGAUUUGAUGUCAAUGGAUUGAUACAUUUUACUGAAUUUAUAGGUUCACUUGACUUGAUGGUAAACUCGUCUAUCCAACAUUAAUAUUGAUUAUAUGGAAUAUGAAUGCAGAAUAUGUCCC